AUGGGCACGUCCUCGUUAUGGGCGCGUAUAGAGCUCAUAUUCCCUGAAGACCUUAUGGAUAUGUUCCUUCCCACAAAAGAGUAUAUCGACGCGUGCUUGGAACGUAGCCGAGGGCGCCUACUUGAUGUCAUUGUCAAGUUCCCUCGAUAUACCACCACCACGGACUAUGCGCUGGACCAAAUCUUGACUAAAAUGACGCCAGUUCUAGGUCCAGAUGGGGCCGUAGACCUGCAAUCGGCACUCUACGAGGUGGACUGGGAGUGUGAUAGCUCUGUGGUGAGGGAUAGAAUCACCCAGAUGGAGAAUCUGGUUAAGAUUCUCGUGGGAUCUACCGGAGAAAAUAUGCUACGGUGGGGAUCACUCCACGUGACGCUUUCAGAGGAGCGGUGGGGAGGCAUCCUACUCUGGAAAAUGGAAGAUAACCCAGCACCGAACCUCCACAGCCUAGAAAUCAUGAAUAUGCAUUUCUUGGCCGAUUGGUUUCACGAGGAAGAUGCUUCCAUCGCUGAGAUGCCACAGCUCCGCUCUCUGAAGACGGACCGCCUGUGUCUACACUGGUUUGUCUCUCUUCCAACAACGCUCACUCUUCUAGACACUACAUACGAAGAUGGACUAAUUUUCGAUCAUCUCUGCAGCUUGCAACAACUUCAGCAUCUUUGCAUUCGGGACGCCACGGCUUCUUCGUCCUACAAAGAGGAUCCUAUUACCCUUUCACACCUAUCCGAACUCCACAUCUACGGCAAUGUCGAUCGAAUUCUUGCCAUUCUCGUGACACCACGACUUGAAGUCUUGUAUAUCUGGUCAUCACAGGCCAGAAUGACGCAACGUCUACCCUCCGUCCCGGUAAUCGAGUGGAAUUUCGAAGGAAUAAAGGUGGAGGAAACGCUUGGACUAUCUCAGCGCAUUGCAUUGACGUCUAUAUUCGAAAACAUUAGCAAGACGCGUCGCUUAUGCUUACAGGGGUUCAGAGUGGAGCUGAUAGAUGAGAUUGGAAACAGGCUCAAGCGCGAACGAGGUUUCUCGGAGAGUCUCAAAGUGGUCGAAGCGCGCACAGGUAACGCAAGGGCGACCAUCUGUGAGUGGGACGAGAUGGGCUCUAUGACGUUGUAG